AUGGAUGGAGUCAGCAACAAGGCAGAAGACAUCAAGACCAAAAUGAAGAACUACCGGACUGCUUUUGACAGCCGUUUCCCCAACCAGAACCAGACCAGGAACUGUUGGCAGAAUUACCUGGACUUCCACCACUGUGAUAAGGCAGUGACUGCUAAAGGGGGGGGUGAUGUCUCUGUGUGCGAAUGGUACCGGCGUGUGUACAAAUCCCUUUGCCCUAUAUCCUGGGUGUCGGCAUGGGAUGACCGCCGGGCAGAAGGCAUAUUUCCUGGGAAGAUCUGAGCUGGCUGCACCUCACCUGUCCUCUGUCCUCCAUCCUUCUCCCAGGGAGGUGAAGGGGGGCCUGGGUACAUCCCACCCUAGGAUCCUGAAUUAUGGCUUAACUAAUAAAUACUUGUUGGAAAA